AUGGAGCUCCUGAGGAUCGUCAAAGCAAGACAAGACGGAAGCUCUGGGGCAGCCACUGUUUUUGUCAAAGCGACAUCACCUUGGGCUGCCUACGAGAGAAUAUACUACCAAGUGCUAGGUAACGGCGAUCUCGUUCUUGUUGUAGAGGCGCUGGCCCAUCUCGAGAAGAUGGGACUGCAGCACGGCCGCCUGAGCUGCUCCUGUGUUCUACUCCACCCCAGCGGUAGGGUGAAGCUGAGUAACGCUUGGUCUCACCCACUGGCGAAUGCGGCGCUGAUCAGAAUGCUAGGUGGCCAGGAAGAUUGUCGCCCGCUGGGCCGUAAGAAAGACUUAGUUGACCUAGGCUACACAAUGAUGGAGCUGAUGCAAGGAUACGUGAAGGAGGGUGCUAAUCUAGGGCUGGACGAUCCGGAGCAGUGGGACUCGGACGUCGUCGGCUUCCUUUCAGCGACAACAACUGCAUCAUCUGCGGCCGAGUUGAGCGAGGUUGGCCUUCCCCAACAUCGUAUCAACUUGUCAAGCCAACCGCUGAUGGGCAUAUAG